AUGAGGAUUUUUAGACCGUGGAGACUGCGCUGCCCUACCCUGCACCUGCCCUCACUCUCCGUGUUCUCACUCAGGUGCAGCUUGCCCUCCCUCACCACUGACGAGACCAUGUGUAAAAGCGUGACCACAGGUGAAUGGAAGAAAGCCUUCUAUGAGAAGAUGGAGGUGGCGAAGCCAGCUGACAGCUGGGAUCUCAUUAUAGACCCCAACCUCAAGCACAAUGUGCUGGCUCCUGGCUGGAAGCAGUACCUGGAAUUGCAUGCCUCUGGCAGGUUCCACUGCUCCUGGUGCUGGCACACCUGGCAGUCGCCCCACGUGGUCAUCCUCUUCCACAUGUACCUGGACCGGGCCCAGCGUGCGGGCUCGGUACGCAUGCGCGUCUUCAAGCAGCUCUGCUACGAGUGUGGCACGGCUCAUCUGGAUGAGUCCAGCAUGCUGGAGGAGAACAUCGAGAGCCUGGUGGACAACCUCAUCACCAGCCUGCGCGAGCAGUGCUACGGCGAGCGUGGUGGCCACUACCGCAUCCACGUGGCCAGCCGCCAAGACAACAGGAGGCACCGCAGUGAGUUCUGCGAGGCCUGCCAGGAGGGCAUCGUGCACUGGAAGCCCAGCCAGAAGCUGCUGGAGGAGGAGGCGACCAUCUACACUUUCAAGCCAGCACCCAGUUCCUCCAAAUCGCAAGCUGAGACGGGUUCUGGCACCAAUUUUUGCUCUAUCCCCUGGUGCUUGUUUUGGGCCACGGUCCUGCUGCUGAUCAUCUACCUGCAAUUCUCCUUCAGCAGCUCUGUCUAA